GACUAGGUCUUCACCGACCGCCAUGGAGGUCCGGCGAUCAUCAUCCAACCAUGUCCAGCUCCCAUCCUCAACGCACCUUCACCGAAAUUGCAGAUGCAGGACAAACCAGCGCACAAAUUCAAGGGCCAGCCAGCCGUCUCCUUCACAAACGAGGAUGUGAGUGCGCUCUCAUCUAGAUUCUCUCGCACAAUUGUUGGGCGCUUCAGCAAAGGGAGACCAAGCCUUAUCUCAACAAGAAAGGCCUUUGAACGAAUUGCUUUUGAAAAGGAUUUCUCUGUAAGUCUCCUAGAUGAACGACAUAUUUUGAUCAAUUUCGAAUCUGAAAAGGAUUUUCUGAGAUGCUUGUUGCGAAAAUACUGGAAGAUAAAUGGUUUCACUUUGAAAGUUUUUCGAUGGACUCCGGAUUUUGACCCUAAUGCUGAUUCACCAUUAAUCCCAGUUUGGAUAGGCCUUGAAGGGCUGCCCAUACAUCUUUUUGAUUCUCUUGCUCUAUAUUCAAUUGGAAAUUUGCUUGGUAAACCUCUAAAGACUGAUUCAGCAACAACAACUCUUUCGAGACCCUCUGUUGCCCGAAUUUGUGUUGAGAUAGAUACCAGCAAAGAACUUCCUCGUUGUGUCUGGAUUCACCUCGGAGAACUAACCUUCUUACAGCCAAUCACUUAUGAAGAUCUCCGAGACUACUGCCCCUCAUGCAAAUCUUUUGGCCACAAAAAUUGUAAGAGAAAGAAUGAGACUUCUAGAUGGGUUAAAGGGAAUACUGGAACUGGAAAUACAUCAACUAUUGUUGCUGUCUCUAAGCCUGGAGUGACCCAAACAACACAAGAGAUUGCUUUGCAAACAAACUUAGGCGGUUCAAGUGAUGAGAAUGAAGCAACCAUGUCUACUUCUCCUGUCAAAGACUCAAAUACAGCUGGGGCUGCUACCCCAACACCUCUAGUUGAUGCCAUGGGAACCAUAGUAACUGAUGCUAUAAUCCCAGCUACUAGCGUAAGUGUUGAUUCAGCCCCUAAUGUUUGUGAUGACACAGAUAAAGUCGAGAAAGUUUUUGGUGUAAUUCUUCCUAAGAGUUGUACAACAACAGCUUAUCCUGGUGUUAAGAAAGUCUCUGAUGGUUGUGAAGUUUUUCCUACUGUCAAUUCUCCAGCAGCCUGUGGUAACAGCGAGCCAAUAUUGGUGACUAUGGAACCCAAUUCUCCUAUACCUUGUAACAAUGAUCACAGCCGCAGCGCACACAAUUUGUCUUUCGAAGCAGCAUUGGAAGGCACACACACUAUUGACACUUGUAAUAAUAAAGAGUCCAAUUCUGAUCCUUCUCCAAUCAACCUAAAGGAAUUUCCAGUUCUCACAAAAGAACUAUUGAAAGCUACUAGUGGUGAACACACCCUUUCUCUUGAGAAAGAGAUGGAAAGAACACUAAGUCCCUCAUGUGCAGGAAAUGAAGAGAUUCCUUCUGAUCAUAUGGAAAGCAAUAACCCUCCUCCACUGUUGACUAGCGAUGAAAGUAUCAACGCAUCAACAAUAGGAACGGUCCUUCAAUCCUUUGAGAUUGACGGACAACACUACGAAGUUAGGUCCUACAUUGAAGAAGGGGAGACAUCACAUCAAAGGGAGGAAACCAAUGACUUUCAAGAUGUCCAAAGAAGACGUACCAAAAAACCAGCAAAGAGGCCAAAUGCACCAAGAACAAUCAAAACUAGAAGCUACGACCCUAACCUCGAAGUCGGGACGGUUAGUGAGAUCACCAGAUACUGGCCGAGCCAAAAACCAACAACUUUGGAAAAAAUUAUCACUACCGAAAGUUACUCUGGGCCCUUUUGGUAUGUUGGUCCUGUUGGUCCUAUUGAAACUGAUGGAAAGAGACCAAAGAAAGUAAUGCCUAGAAACCUUUCCCUUGAUUAGCACCCCGGUUUUAUAAUCUGGGAGUGAUCACUUUAUCGCUCAUGUUUCUUUCCCUUUUAGUUUUACUUUUUCUCAUGCAGUUUAAGAGGGGCUUUGGUCUAGUCCUCCCCUCCGUGUACUUUUUUCCUUCCCCUUUCCUUACUUUUUAAUAAAAAUUAUCCUUUCAA